AUGCUCGCACUCGCUUCCUCGAUGAUUUAUCUUUUGGCAGUGACACAGCUGACCAAUGCUGCUCCUAUCAACCCACUGGCUUAUACUGUGACCACCAGCGAUCUUGAGUGGCCCAGCCAGUGGGUGAAAACUGAGCAGUCAGCCCUACGAGUCAUGGUUCAAGGCAGCGGACCGUCCGUGGUCAUCAUCCCUUCCUAUGGCCGUGACGGCGGCGAGGAUUUCAAUGGUAUUAGCACUAUCCUCGUCAAGGCUGGUUACAAAGUUCUCCGACCCCAACCACGGGGAAUCAUGGGUUCCAUUGGGCCGAUGUCGAAUGUCACCCUCGACGACCUCGCUGCGGACGUCGCCCAAGUCAUCGAUACUCUUGCCGGUGGUCGAGCCAUCGUUUUUGGCCAUGCAUUUGGCACCUUUGUCACAAAGCGCACGGCCCUCAACUAUCCAGACAAGGUCCCCGCUAUCAUUACGGCAGCGCCGGGCGCUCCAGAUAUCCCCUCGGAUAUUGCCCCUCUGCCACUGGUGUGCGGGAAUUUGACUUUGCCGGUCAGUGUGCGCCUCGCCGCGCUCGAAAAGGGCUUCUUCAAACCCGGACACAACGCCCGAAUCUGGCUCGAUGGCUGGUACCCUCAGACUCUGGCCCUAGAGCACGCAGCGAUAGAAGCUGCUGGUGACAUGACUACGUUCUGGGCUGGGGCAAACACAACUCAGGUUUUGGAGAUAAUUCCUGCCGAAGAUCCCUUCCAGCCACAGGCGCAGUGGAAUUAUACCAUUGAUAGAUUUGCCGAUCGUGUCACCGUUGCGGUAGUGGAAAAUGCCUCGCAUGCUCUAUUUCCUGAAAAUCUUAGCGGUGUAGCCAAUGCUGUUCUGCCUUGGAUCGAAAUGCAGAGCACCAGGCUCUAG